GGGGGUGGGGCGUCCGCUACGGAAUGCGCGUACGGAGGCCCACGAGGUUCCGGUGGCUAGGCGCCGCUCGGAGCUCCCGCGGUCUGAGCGCCGUAGGUGUCCCAGCGCGUUGUAAAUCAAGAAGAGUGGAGAAUCUGAUGACAUGGCCUUAAUUACCUUGUGGAGGAACCUUUGCCAUUUGUCUGAUUUUCGGAUCCACGGAGCUCUGGCCGCUCUGAAAAACCAUCCUAUAAUUCAUGUUCACAAGGUAGCCGAGGAGCGUCUGUGUCCGUGGUUCUGUUCACCGCAGGCUGAGCCUCUCGGGGUCAGGUUCCAUCACGGCUGUUGUAAAAACUUCCACUCAGAAAACGGAAAUGACCUUCAUCCGGCUGGUGAGCCCGUGUUCUCUGAAGCACAUGACUGGGAUAGGCCUGAACAAAGUCUUACAAGUGUGGAUGAGCCGACGUUUUACAGGAGACUAAACAGCUUCACGUCCUCAGAAGAAGUGUUGAGUUUUAUAAGCUGCAAACUGCAGACUUUGCCUGAUACUCUAGCAGCAGGCGCCUUACAGCGGAUUUGUGAAGUGGGGAGAAAAGAUGGUGAUGAAAAGCUGCCAAAAGAAAUACUAAAGAACCGUGUCUUUCAGGCGCUGUGCAUUCAGUGUGAACAGGAACCCUCAGGUCUGCCGGACACGGUUUUGGUGACCACUUUGCAAGCUCUGACUCUGUUGCAUGUGGAUCCCCACAGUAGCUUGGUUCUGAGCCUGGUGGCAGAAUGCCAGCGUCGCCUCAAAGGGGGUGGCCUGGAAGUCCACAGUCUUUGUAUUCUUGGGGAAAGUCUGAUCAAACUGCAGGGGCCGGGCUGUGCGACACUAGAACUGGUGAUAGGUCAGCUGAAAAGGGAAAAGUUGGAAGAAUUUACCCCUGAGGAUAUCGUGGCUCUUUAUAGAAUCCUGCAGGCUUGUACUGAAAAAGUGGGCCAACACCAAGCAUUUCUUAAUAAGCUAAACAACUUUUCUCUGUCCGUAGUUUACAGCUUGACUCCAACAUCAAUGAGCCAAAUCCUCAGUGCCCUGGUGGGUCUUGAUCAAACCCAGGCACUUCCUCUGGUUAUAAAAUUGGGAAAAUAUGUUGUAAGGCAUAUCCCUCGUUUUACUAAUGAAGAGCUCAGAAAAGUCUUAGAGGCUUUCAUAUACUUUGGGCACAACGACAGAUUUUUUACAAAAGCCCUCGAGCAGCAUGUAGCCUCAGUGUGUCUCAUUUUGGAUCCUGAGGUUGUCAGCAAGGUCACGGAGUACUGCGGUAGGAAGCGGAUUCUUUCAAAACCCAUCCUCGAUGCAGUGGCAGAAACCUUUGUUUGCCAAUCAGAAAAAUUUUCACCUCAUCAGAUCUCUGAGUUAAUCGAACCAUUUGGAAAACUCAAUUACUUGCCCCCGAAUGCCUCUGCUUUCUUUAGACAGCUAGAAAACACGUUGCUCACUCAUUUCAAUUAUUUUCCACCCAAAACACUACUGAAAAUUCUCCAUUCAUGUUCACUAAUUGAAUGCCAUCCGGUCAACUUCAUGGCAAAAAUAUUCAGCCCUUAUUUUCUUCAAAAGCUGCAAGGUGAAGAAUCCUGUUUGGACAGACUGAGCCUCGCACAGCUGACCCAACUGUUCUUAACCUCGGUCCUAGAAUGCCCUUUCUAUAAGGGUCAGCAACUUUUUCCUAAAUACCGAGUGAGAUCAUUUCUUACUCCAUGUUCUUCCCUGGAGACGCCUAUGGAUUUCCAGCUUUACAAAUUUGUGAAGAUUGGACUGGUUGACCUUUUGGGAGCAAGAUUGUAUUUUGCUCCGAAAGUGUUAACGCCGUAUUGUUACACAAUAGACUUCAGCCCGGCUGGUCCAUCGCAGUGUGGAAGAAUUCAGAACAGAAGGAGGAGGAGGACAGGCAUGUAGUGUUUGUGAGGGUAUCACACGGAGAAUGUUUCCUUUCUUCUCUCACCAGAUGUUGAAAUUAAAUUAGACGAAGAAGGAUUAGUACUGCCAUUUACAGUCAAUGAAGAUGUGCAUAAGAGGUAAAGAAAACUGGUGUGGUUUGAUGUGGCGAGACUCGGCAGGCUUGGUAACCGAUGCUGUUUUCCCAGGGAGAGUAGACGAGGUUCUAGAAGUGAAGACACUGGCAUGCAGCAUCCCGAUUGUGGAAAUUCCGUGUAACAUAGACAUUCACGUUAAUAAACUUGAGUGCCGUUGCAACACAGGAAACGAUAGCACACCCGUGAGUUACUGAAAAUAAUGCCGACAUAGAGGAAUAACUGAAUCCCAAGCGAAUCUUUGCCACUAAGAAUAUAUAAGUAUUUUGGAUUGUCUUAAAAAUUAAAUUUCUCCCUCUUAUCAGAUAAAGAGCUAGUAUCCAAAACCUGUAAAGAACUUCUCAAACUGAAUACCCAAAAAGCAAAUAAUCCAGUCAGGAAGUGGGCAGAAGACAUG